AUUUCUCUAAUUAUGUGAAACAAUAUUCAAAGUUUAUAUCGUAAAACAAGAUAAUACGAAAAGUUGGACUACUUCAAAGCUGUGGAAGUAAUUAACUGGCUAGUGGUUACUGCGAGCGUCGGUUUUAAAGGGACGCGUAAAGUCAGAUGUUUACCAAAUAAACAUGGAGAAUACGGAGCCACAGUCAAUGAAGAAAAAUUGUACGUUUCUAUUUAAUCGUCGUAAGAUAAGAAACAUUGCGACAAGAAAGCGUAAAGGUGUCGAGGAUGAAGAUGAUAGUAGUGAUGAUGAGACUACUGUUGUUAAGAAGGAUAAGAAGCAAAAUGAUCAGAAUCCCAUGAGACAGAGCACUAAUACAAAGCGUCAGCAACGUAAAGCAGAUGAGGAUGACAGUGGUGAGGAUGAUGGAGUAACAGUAUCCUAUAAGAGCAAAAGAAUACCCAUGCCUGCUGGUCCUAGUGACCAAGGAGCCACAGCAAUACUAGAGACUGAAACUGAAGUCGACAAGGAUGCUCAGGCAUUAUUUGAAAAAGCUCAGAAGAUAAACGAAGAACUUGAAGGAAAGGAGGAUGAUAAGAUAUAUAGAGGCUUAAACAAUUACGCACAAUACUACAAGAAAAAGGAUACUGCUGCUGGCAAUGCUUCCAGUGGAAUGGUACGCAAGGGACCAAUACGUGCACCAGCUAAUCUCAGAGCGACUGUCAGAUGGGAUUAUCAGCCGGACAUUUGCAAGGAUUACAAGGAAACCGGUUUCUGUGGUUUUGGCGACAGCUGUAAAUUUCUUCACGACCGUUCCGAUUACAAACUCGGUUGGCAACUUGAAAGAGAAGCUGCUACUGGGGAAUACGAUAAUAGCGGCGACGAGGAUGAUAAGAAAUAUGAAAUAGACAGCGACGACGACAACCUUCCAUUCAAAUGUUUUAUCUGUCGUGGCAGUUUUGUGGAUCCGGUUGUUACAAAAUGCAAGCACUACUUUUGUGAGAAGUGUGCUCUGGAGCAAUACAAAAAGAGCACACGGUGUUUCAUAUGCAACGUGCAGACAAAUGGGAUGUUUAAUCCCGCUAAGGAUUUAAUGGCAAGAGCGAAGAUGGAGGAAAAGGAACGUGAAGCUGAAGAAGCUGGAACCAGCGAUUCUGAUUAAAUCGAGAAUAGAGUUUAACGCAGUUUUUCCACAUUUUCUUUCAUUUCUAUCAAUAAAUUAUCCUUUUUAAAAUAA